AAGAGAGAAAAGAGAAGGAGAGAACUCCCACGAAGGGAUGCAAUGAAUGGAAGAUGCCCUGUCCUACAACCCUUUGGCAGAAGUGGAGCACGAAACCCCGACAAUCCAACCACGCGAAUCACCCGCCAAACAAUGUGCCAAGCCACGGCGAUCCAGAAAGCAAAACCAACGUCUUCCAGAUAUAGUGGUGAGUCAAGUGCCAUAAACACCGAUCUGCCAGGCACGGCUCCUAUAUCGCUAGAAAGAAGGACCUAUUGAGUAUAGAAUAUCUAGUCGAAACAUAUUAGCCACGGCAGCAAAUAUGAUGGCCGGUUUACAAACAGCCAAAAAGGAUCUCCGAAGGAGAAUGCGGGACGUUUUAAAGAACAUCCCGAACGAAUCAAUUCUCAACCAAUCCAAGGUUGCCACAAAUAAACUAUUUUCACUUUCAGAAUACCAGAAUGCGAAAAGAAUAGGUGUCUAUCUUUCCAUGCCUUUUGGAGAACUCGCAACAACCAGCAUAAUUCAAGAUGCUCUAACGAAUGGCAAGGAAGUGUUUAUUCCUUACAUUCACAGCAUCGAGUCUCCUUCCACGCAGAAGAAAACCUCUAUCAUGGACAUGCUGGCGUUGGGGUCGAUGGAAGAGUUUCGAGGCCUCGAACCCGAUAAAUGGGGGAUUCCAUCGCUCAAGGAAACUCAAGUUAUCAACAGGAAGAACUGUCUUGGCGGUUAUGGGGUUCAAUCUCUAAAGGCAGAAGAACAGGCUACUCAUGGACUGGAUUUGAUCGUGAUGCCGGGGAUGGCUUUUGAUCCCGAACUCAGAAGACUUGGCCAUGGUAAAGGAUAUUAUGAUCAUUUUUUGACGAGAUACUCGAAACAAGAGGCGGAUAGUAAACCAUCAAAAAUGCCUUUUCUCGGUGAGAAAGCAGCCCGCUUCACUGUAGGAACCACGAAGAAACAUUCUCUGACUAGACCUCAUACAGUUGCCCUCUCUCUCAAGGAACAAGUGCUUCCCCCGACCGAAGAAAUACCUGUUGCGGACCAUGACUGGCCUUUGGAUGCCAUUAUCGUCGGUGAUGACCAGUUCUUCGUUCACAAACGCUGAUACAACCAGAAAACGGUUUCCCUUUUAUGCAGAUACUUUCGUCUAUUUAAUCGAUGUGCAUGAAACUGUCCCCCCAACAGCAAAUCGUAGAAGAAUUAAUUUUUAUCAAGAGAAAUAGUGAUAGAUCACGGCGGCGAGGUUUCUUUUAAACGGCUUGGAUCAACGACACAUUG